GACCAGUGACGCAAAGUCUUCCCCUCGUGGUCCAAGUGGCUCCGCCCGUUGGUGGCUGUCACGGUCUGUCUAACAACUCCUGCUUUGCCCCUCCUGUCCGUACCUCCCGCGAACGUGGAGAAAAGAGACGAGAGGUUAUCUAAAAGAUGAAGAUAAGCUGGUCUGCGUAUGACACAUUUGAAGCUAAUUUCAGACCAUUGGUAGUAGUAGAGCUUGCAAAAGAUACCAAAGAUGAAACCAAAGAAUGGCUGACACAAAAGAUAGUAGAGAAGAAGAAAAAUGGAGGAGCUCAGCUUCUCAUGAAACCCUUGGUGGAAGAUGGGGAAAAAAUAGAAGGAAACCAGAAUAUUUAUCUUGUGGGAGCAUCUCACUUGAGGCUGCUUCUAGGAGCUGAAACGGUGGGGUUGGUGAAAGAAUGUAAUGAUAAUACAAUGAGAGCCUUUACAUAUACCAGCAGAAAAACCUUCAAAAAUUUUGCGGAGGACAACCAUGAUUUUCUUACAAUGGCAGAGUGUCAGUACAUCAUCAAACAUGAACUAGAAAACCUGAGAGCCAAAGAUGAAAAAAUGAUCCCUGGCUAUCCUCAGGCAAAGCUUUAUCCAGGAAAGUCAAUUAUACGAAGGCUAACAACUAAUGGUAUUCUGGUUCAGAUUUUUCCUCUCCAUGACUCAGAAGAAUUAAAGAAAAUUGGACAUACCUGGUAUAGACAACUGAAAAUUAGCUUCCAACCUUUAGAUGAAAUUCGCUGCUAUUUUGGUGAAACAAUUGCCUUCUACUUUGCCUUUUUGGAGUAUAUCACAUUUGCAUUGAUUCCAAUGGCUAUCAUUGGGAUUCCUUAUUAUAUCUUUGAUUGGGAAAACUAUGACAAAUAUGUGCUAUUUGCAGCAUUCAAUCUGGUGUGGUCUACUGUUAUCCUUGAACUCUGGAAGCGGUGUUGUGCUGUAAUGGCCUACAGGUGGGGGACGUUGUUGAUGAAGCGACAGUUUGAGGAACCCAGGCCAGGGUUUCAUGGUGUUUUAGGUAUCAAUCCUGUGACUGGGAGAGAAGAGCCAGUCUACUCCAGCUUCAAAAGACAGUUACGAAUUUAUUUAGUCUCUAUGCCAUUUGUGUGCCUUUGUCUCUAUCUCUCGCUUUACGUCAUGAUGGUUUACUUUGACUUGGAAUACCAGGCACAUUUAUAUCAUGAAGAGAACCAAUCCGAGUUAAGCAGCUUGAUAUUAUAUGUGCCCAGCAUAAUUUAUGCUGUUGUGAUUGAAGUUCUAAACCGCAUCUAUAGAUAUGCUGCAGAGUUCUUAACCUCAUGGGAAAACCAUCGAUUGGAGUCUUCAUAUCAGAAUCACUUAAUUCUGAAAGUCUUGGUGUUCAACUUUUUAAACUGCUUUGCAUCUUUAUUCUACAUUGCUUUCGUCUUGUUUGAUAUGAAACUUUUGAGACAGAGUUUGGCAACUUUGCUGAUAACUUCACAAGUCCUUAAUCAAUGUGUAGAAGCUGUACUGCCUUAUUGGCUCCAAAAGAGACGGAAUAAGAGGGUAAAGAAAAAGGUGAAAGCAAUGGAAAUAGAUACUGACCUGUCUUUAUUUGAGCAAGUUAAUCAGGAAAAAGGGAUGGAUACCUAUCUGGGUACUUUUGAUGAUUAUUUGGAAUUGUUCUUACAGUUUGGCUAUGUGAGCCUUUUUUCAUGUGUCUACCCUUUGGCAGCUGUUUUUGCAGUGCUAAACAACAUCACAGAGAUGUAUUCUGAUGCCUUAAAAAUGUGCAGGAUCUUUAAACGUCCAUUUUCAGAGCCCACUGCAAAUAUAGGUGUAUGGCAGUUGGCUUUUCAGACUAUGACUGUCAUAUCAGUGGUUACCAAUUGUGUCCUUAUUGGCAUGUCACCCCAAGUAAAUGGACUUUUCCCAGACUCAAAGGUAGAACUUAUCCUGAUUGUGGUGUUGGCAGAGCAUUUAGCUCUAGCUAUGAAAUUUCUUAUGGCAUAUGUGAUCCCAGAUAAACCACGACAUAUCCAGAUAAAAUUGGCAAGGCUAGAAUUUGAGUCUCUGGAGGCACUCAAGCAGCAGAUAUCCCUUGAUUGAUUUCAUACUGUCUUUGAUCAUUUGGGCCUUUUAGUUAAUGUAGUGAAGUAAAGUCAUGUGAGGUGUUACUCAUUGUUCCAUUUGUCUGGAUAUGCACAAAUUAUGUUAGCCUCCUAAGAUAAUUGAGUGGCUUGGACUUUUUUUAAGAAUAUUGUCACAAGAUUAUAAUAGAUUAAUCUUUGUAAUCUUUUACAAAAUCUUCUGCAAAAUGUAUAUUGUCACCUGUGAUGGGCUUACAUGAAAACUGAGAAUGUUCUUAAUUAGUAUAUAUUUCUAGGUGUGCAAUGCAAAAUUAGUAUUAUUUCAAUCAUAAGUCAUUUGGAAUUAAUUUGGCAGUACUGAUUUUAAAGGAUAUCUAAAAAUGUGUAGAAGAUUAUUUUAUUUGGGGUUGAUGGGACUAUUGUCUGUAUGCCAGUACCUCCUGGAAAACACUAUAAAAAUGAAAGAGGACUGUGUAUGUUUCUAAAUGGAUGAAAAUACUAUUCUCCCAUUCAUAGAAUUGUAAAGUUGGAAGGGGUCUAUAAGGCCAUCGAGUCCAACCCCCUGCUCAAUGCUCAGUUUUGAUGGUGUACACUAUGGCCAGCAUUAGUAUACAAGUGCAGACAUAUCCAGCAUGUCAACUGAUUAUCUGACCUAAGUGAGAAGAAAAAGUUAUGCUUCGGCCUGUUCAUUGUCUAAAAAGGGUCUGCUUGUUAUGUUGUCGUUAGAUAGUGUCUGGAAUGCACACUGCAUUGUGGAAGCAGUUAAAGAAGAAGAAAAAAAUACUUCAACCCACUAAUAAGAUAUAGCCCACAUUUCGAUAGAGAGUUAAGUGAACUUAACCCUAUUGAAAUCCAUAUUAAGCGUACUUAACUCUAUUUUCAUUUGUGUCCAUAGUAUUUAAGAUAUACAACAUAGUGAUAUGAGAAAUCAAUUUCUGCUAAAUUAUUUUUCCCUGUUAAGGUAUAAAAACAAAUACCACCAUACUUUCACAGUAAGAGAAUGCUGCUGUUAAGGUUCCUGUGGUUCAAUAUUCAUUCACAGGGCGAUAUAACUGAGAGCCUUCUGUAUCUUCAUCAUUGAAUGUUGAAAUGCUAGAGAGGAAACCUGCGGGAACAAAUGUCAAUGGCAUGAGGGAUACAGGAGGGUAGAUGGCUUGGUGGUCUUGCCCAUGUGAGCAUUGUAGGAGAGUAGCCUGCAAGCAUCACCCUGUGCUUAGAUGCUUCCCCUAAGUCAUGUGACAUUAUCAGAUCAGUGAGAGGAUGGCUCUGCCAAAGACUGUUCACAUCAGAAUAGGCUGUGAUCAUCCAGAUCAUGUGGUAGAAUUAGGCCAAUUGAAGGGCAGCUCUCCCUGAGUUAUUCAGGACUGGACAGGCUGCCUCUCUGUUGCAUUUGAAGUUUACACAUGCAUGUUUAUUGAUAUUGACUGCAAGCAACAUCAAACAAUUAUCUGUAUGAGUUAAAAAGCCAUCACAGUUCAGAGCUUUCAUAUUGCCUCAUAUUGCCUUGCCUCAAAUAAAAUACUUUGCAAAGGA